AGCGUCAGUACGCCGACGAAACACAAAAUUAUGUAGCGCUAGUGUAUAUUGACGAAUAGUGAGUGUAAUUUAGUGGCGUAAAAUAUUGAAGAGGUUAUGUAGAAAAUAAGGAUUUAAAGUGUUAUAAGUGUGAAAAUAUAAAUUACACAAAAUGGAGAAAAGAAAAGAAACUUUAAGUGGGUCCCAGAUGUGUCGGUUUUGUUUAUCUCAAACAACGCCGUUGAUCAACUUCUAUGAGAAAAGUCAAUCUCCGAGGGAUCCUGCUAAUAUAAAAUUUAAGAUUUUAUCAUGUCUUUCCGUAGAGGUUUUCCCUUCAGACAAGAUGCCUGCAUACAUAUGUGAGCGUUGCAAAUUCUUCAUGAAUAUAUUCCAUGACUUUAAAAAAGUCUGCCGGCAAGCUGAUGAAGCUAUUCUUAAAUAUAUUCAAAAUGGUACAGCAUUACAAGCUAUGUCAUGGCCUAGACAAUUAUUGAAACUGCACAGCAAUUCAAAGAAAGAAUCUGUAGUUAAAACGGUUGUGGAGAGCGGUGCUACUGUACAAGUCUCAUCACAAGAUACCUCUGAUACCGAGGAUGAAGAUGCCAAUGUUUACAAUGUUAAGAUAGGUGAUGGCAAUGAUGAGGCAAAAACAACACAAGUUAAAGUUAUAACUAGCGAUCAAGUUGAAAAGCCCAAAACAUCUCGAAAAGAGGCAGAAUUGGACAAAGGUUGCUGGCCGUGUGAUGAGUGUGAUCGUACCUACCCUUUACAGCAGAUGUUGCAAUUGCACAAACGACAAAAGCAUAGAGAGAGGAAUAUACAGUGUAACCAGUGUGAUGCCAAAUUCUUCACAAAAUACGACCUGAUGACACAUCAACUGCGUCACUCUGAUGAAAUGCCAUUCCAGUGUGUUGCGUGUGAUAAAAAAUUUAAGCGCUUGAUCAUUUUAAAAAGACACGAAAAGAUAAUGCAUGCAGAUUUACCGCAGCAAAGUUGCCCCAAAUGCCCUGCGACAUUCCUUUCAUAUGAGGAGCUGACGGCACAUCAACAGAGGCACAAUCGGCCCAACAAUCGCAGUUAUAAAUGCGAUAUAUGUACUAAGACGUUCAAUGUUAAAUCUGGUCUCCAAAGACACAAAGACACGGUCCAUAACAAGGUUCCCGAAUUCAAGUGUGAAUAUUGUCCAGAGCGGUUUGGUUCAAUACCGAAGUUAGCACGACACGUGCGCACGCACGCGGGGGAGCGGCCGUAUCCUUGCAAAUAUUGCGAUAAAAGCUUCCUAAAAUCUCAACAUUAUACAAGACAUCUCCGUAUAAAACACCGUGAUAACGUCCGUUCAUCACGCAACCAGGAUCAAGAUGACUCAUACCCUUGUGAACAGUGCGAAGAAAUAUUCAUAACUCAAGAUGACCUGAUAUACCACUCGGCUAUACACGCCACACAGAAUCUUAUCUGCCCGUUGUGUGAAGAAAAGUUUGAGAAUGUUGAUAGUGUCACUACGCACAUCAAGAGUCAUGUUAAUGGUCUUGAGUUUAUGUGCGACUUUUGUGAACUCAUCUUUACAACCAAAGACAAGUACGAGAACCAUUUGAUGAUCGCCCACGAAGAGGAGAUUCAGAAUGAAUUAGGUGAAGAGGAGUCGUCAAUGGAAGUACAGGGUGAUGGAAUAGAAGACGAUGAAGAUGAUAAUUCAAUUCAAGUGAAAGAUGCAGGUGACCACAUGGUGAUUGAAAUAAAGAAAGCGGACAAUUUUAUGCUUAAUCAAGAAGCUCCGGAGGAGAGUGAAUAUAGGGGAGAUAAUACUAAUUCUGAAGAAAGCGAAGCAGAAACUUUAGCCUUAGUCACACCAGCCCUGGAGCCAUCACCGGUGGUAACGAUAACCAACACAAAAGAAUUGGCAACCGUGGAAAAAGUACAGAGGGCAAAACAGAUUCUGCCGCAAGCUACAGUGAUAUCCACUCAGGUUGAGGCGAAAGCUUUGGUGUCGACACAAGCUACGAUAGUGCCGAUACAAACAGCCCAACCCAAAACUGUGGUCGCAAAUCAACCGAAGAGCACUAAGGCAUCGGUUAUUACUAAAGCUAAUAAUCAGCCUACUCUAACAAUUCGCAAACUAGAAGACAUCAAACGAAAGGCAGUUGAACCACCUGCUGAAAUACAAGCCAAGAAAGAAAAAGUAAACAAGGUGGAAAGCAGUAACAGCGCUGGGUUUAGUGAUAAAUCCCUGAGGCUCUUAGAGAAAGAAUUGCAAGAUCUGAAAAGGACAAACUCACGGUCAGACGUAACAAAGACGCCGCCAGUUAAAGCAGUUGAUACACCAAAAAGUAGACGUCCGCAAAUUAUAACAUCUACACCUAAAUUAAGAUCUAACGAUGAUAAAAAGUCACAAUUGCAAACCAAAUCACCCGCGUUUGAGAAAAAGCAAAUAGAGAAACGCGUGACAAAGGAAAAUAAAGAGCCGAAAGAAGCUAAGGAAAUGAAAAACAAUGGAAAUAAAAAGGAUGAAGAAAAAGAGAAGGAGUCCAAAGAAACACCUAAAAGCGUAAUCAAAAACGGCACAAGUGACAAGAGCGCAUCGGACGAAGGUAUCCGCCGCUCCACUCGUCCGUCUAAAAUAAAGGACUACGCCAAAAUGAUACGCGACCGCUCGCACGGGAACUCGGACGAUGAUGAUUCGGAUAUGGACGAUGAGGAGUAUACGGAGAGCACUCCAGAGCCACGUCAAAAGCGAAGAGCCAGUGUGAAAACGACACCGAAGCCAACACCGCCGGCGUCAGUCGCAACUACACCGACGGCCACGCCCACUCCGAGGAAACGGGGACGACCACGUAAAGAUGCCAAUAAAGAAGUUCCAGAAAAAAUAAAGAAAGAUGAAAAUACAGCGAUCGAAAGUAACACACAAAAAGAGGAUGAAAGCAAACCAAUUGAAGAAGUGAAAUCAGAGAAACCAGAGAUCACUGCAACAAUACCUUCGAAUACAACCGGGUCUGAACAAGCAUCAACGGAACAGAAGUCACAGUCAAAUGUAAUUCUCUCUCCUACAGGACAGACUUUGAAAAAGGUACCAAUUAAAGCCUUGCCUCCCGGAGUGAAACCAAUGCCGUUGCCGAUGAACGCGCGACCAAUGGGCCAAGGCGAAUUAUGUGAAAUGCAGAUUGGCAAAAAAGUUGUGAAAGUGCAGAAAAUUGUAAUGACGAAAGCCGAAGUAGAAGCUAUGGCUAAAAAAGGACUUGUUGAAAUGAAGGACGGCACAAUGGUUUUAAAGCAAGGUAUCAAAUUACCAACAGCAACCGCAGGUAAUAAAGAUGUAAAAGAUUCGCCCACUAAGAAAGAAAAGGCAGUUCCAACAAGAUGUGAUCUCGGAGAUGAUUAAAUAUAUAUUAAAAUUUAAAAUAGUUUUGUAGUUUCAUGAAAUAGAUGGUAAAUUAUAUUAUUUUGUGAAACUGUAAUAGAUGUAUUGUAAUUGUAUUAAGUUUCUUUUUCAUGUUAAUCUUACCUCAGACUAUCGACAUCAUGUCAAUCAUAUUUUUUAUUUUAUAAGUUUAUAAAACAAGUGUGAAGCUUGUAUACUUGCUACAAAGAAAUAGUAAUGUUGAAUUGUGCGAUAACUUAUACAUCAAUGAUAAAUUUUGGUCUAAGUAAGAAUAUUUUUCUAUUCUAAGUCUAUAUUGUGUUUUAAAAAUAUUGUAUACAAAAUAUACAGUACCUAUGAUUUAAGAAUGUCAAAUCAAAAAUCUCUGUACAGUUUAGCUGUAUGCACAUUUAAAAUAUUGUUUAAAUUAGUAGGUAAAUAAAAAUUUAUAUGUACUAGA